UCAGACCAUUGUUGUUAAACCUACAGGGCUGACGGGUCUCCAACCUACGGCCCUGCAAAUGGCUUUCCGCACGUCGGCGCAGCUUCAGCUGCUGCACUUGCUGCUGGGUCUCUCUUCCUUGGACAAGUCAGGGGCCGGGGCCCAGAAGUUCCAGCUGCUGCAGCCCCAGGGCGCCGUGUCGGUGUCACCGGGAGAGACUCUCACUCUGAUCUGCUCUCAGACUGGGCUCGAGCCAGUAGGACCCGUGAAGUGGUUCAAGGGCUCGGGCAGUGGCCGCCAGCUCAUUUAUGCAGAUAAGGGAUCACUCUCCCGGGUGACACGGGCUGUGAAUGGCUCUGACACAGACUACACCAUCCGCAUCAAUGACACCCGCCCCGAGGACGCCGGGAUCUAUCACUGUGUGAAGUUUGAGAAGAGGUCGGGAGCCGAUGAGGAGAUCAGAUCCGGCGCUGGCACCGUCGUGUCUGUGAGCGGUUCUGUUUCCUCAGGUUACUCCCAGGGUUCAGCUGUGGCUGCUGCUGCCGGCACCGUCUGUGUCCUCCUGGUCGUUUUACUCCUUGUCUUCACUUACUUCUUUGUGAGAAAGAAGAGAGGUAGGAGCCCCGGCACAGCCAGGUCUCAGACUCCCUUUCCCAAGAACAGAAGGACUCAGAGCCAGCCCGGUGAUAGCAAAGACCCAGACGUGCUCUACGCUGACCUGCAGCACACGGCCGGGCUCCAGCAGCCCAAGAAGAGCGCCCCAGAAGAACAUUCUGAAUAUGCUGCCGUUAAGGUAACCCAGGCCAUCGCCAGGUAGAGGGAGAAGGCAGCGAGGCUCUGGACACCCUCGGAGAAAGACUGUCGGAGGAGGAAGCAGCAGCUUUCUGCAGAACACAGCGCACAGUCAUCCAGGUCACACGCGGUCCCCGUGGCAGGCCCGGAACUGACACAGUCUCUUGUUCUCUGGCACCUUAUUGCGCUAUCGCUGGCGUUUGCCAGCGCGGAUGUGACUCAGAACCGGGGGAACUCACGACCUGGAAAGUCAGCAGCCGCCUGCCAUGUUCCUGUUUUCAGAAACAAUUAAAGAUUUCAAUGAUAUUCUCUCUAA